GGAAGUGAGUUCCACGUUCGCCGAAAGCGUUCAGCAGUUUCACAGCGUGUGGGAAUUUAUUUCCAUGUACCAGAAAGCAACACACAGAAUAAAUUCAGGUUUUUAUGAAGAUUUUCUAGAUAAGGAGGAUUUCAGAUAUCACCAACGAUGUCCAAAGCAACCAAGUGUAAGCAUGUUUUCAAGGAAGUCAUGGAGGACUACAUCACACCUAAUGAGAAACAGCGGAUUAUGAGGAUUAUAGGAACCAAUGGCAAUAACCUCCAUGAGGCCGUGACUGAGAACGGGGAGAGAUUUCUGCUCAGCAUGCCCAGAAAGUUCCGCAAGAACAUCUGGAUCAAAAGAGGUGAUUUUGUGAUCAUAGAUCCUAUUGAUGAAGGUGACAAGGUGAAAGGAGAGAUCAGCUUCAUUCUGUAUAGGGACCAUAUUCACUACUUGAGGAAACUUGGCAUCUGGCCUAAAGGAUUCGAGACAGAUGGUGUAAGAGAGCAGGUGCAGGAAGAAGCACAGAAACAUGAUACUAAAAGUAAAGAACAAGAUGAAGAGGACGAGUGCGACAACAGUGACUCUGAGGAUGAAAGGGACCUUUUUGUAAACACAAACCGAGCCACUGUGCAGUACAGCGAGAGUGAUGAAGACUCAGAUGAAGAGGAGGAGAACGAAGAUGAGGAAGGUGCAGAGAACUUUUAGUGAAGCCUGCAUGUCGGAUCCUGUGAUGACUUUUACAGAAAUUGCAAGAGUUUAGUUCCUUCUUCUGUUUUUGAAGUCACUGGUAUCUAUAGAACUACCAUAAUGAAUUGAACCACAAGGUAUGGAAAUGCAUUAAACAUGUUAGAUGCAGAUUAAAAAUUAUCAGUCGUAGACCAUCAGCUGAUUUUGAAAUUUGAACGAGGUUUACUUGUAAUCCAUGUAAAAAACAAACAAAAAAGAUUUCCUUCUAUGCAUACGAUUGUAUAUUUCAAGAUGAUCCAGUGGUUUUUUUUGUAUCAUAAUUU